GCGCCCGCAACCGCAGCAGCCGCAGCGCCCGCCCCGUGACACCAGCCCCCCGGCCGGGCGUACCCCGGCGCCCGGAGCCUCGCGGCCCGGCGCUCGGGAUUGGCUGUUGCUAGGUGACGUCCCGGCGCUCACGUGACGACUGUUAAAUGCCCACCCUGCCCGAACCCGCCCCGCAGACAAUCGUAAGGCCGCUCUGGGCUGCUCACCUGCUCCCGCCUCCCGGAGCCCCGGCCUGGCCCCGCCACCCCUGCCCCCUCCGCCGCCCGCCGCCCGCCCCCCACCCGAGCCGGCGCUGGGCAAGAAGCCGAGCGGGUUAGAGAGGCGGAGAGAGGAUGCGGCCGGCGGCAGCUGUCCCGAGCAGUGCACGGUGAUCGCCUCCCCCGGAGGAGGAGUUGCCCAGACCGUUGCCACAUUUCUUGUUUUCCUCCCCACCCUCCCUCACCCCCCGUAAUUACAUUGGCUGCUGGAGGGGACAGGGAGAGACGGAGGAGGCGCCUCGCUUCCCCCCUCGCGCCCGCCACCCCUGCUCUUUCCCGUCCCGGGCCAGGAUGACUGGAGUCUUUGACAGUCUGGUGGCUGAUAUGCACUCGACCCAGAUCACGGCCUCCAGCACGUACCACCAGCACCAGCAGCCCCCAAGCGGCGGCGGCGCUGGCCCCGGCGGCAGCAACGGCAGCAGCCUCCACAAGCCCCAGGAGUCGCCCACACUGCCGGUAUCCACAGCUACCGACAGCAGCUACUACACCAACCAGCAGCACCCGGCGGGCGGCGGCGGCAGUGGGGGCUCGCCCUACGCGCACAUGGGCUCCUACCAGUACCACGCCGGCGGCCUCAACAACGUCCCUUAUUCAGCCAAGAGCGGCUACGACCUGAGCUACACCGCCGCCUACACCUCCUACGCACCCUACGGGACCAGUUCUUCCCCGGCCAACAACGAACCUGAGAAAGAGGACCUCGAGCCUGAAAUCCGGAUAGUGAAUGGGAAGCCAAAGAAAGUCCGGAAACCCCGCACCAUCUACUCCAGUUUCCAGCUGGCGGCUCUUCAGAGGCGUUUCCAAAAGACUCAGUACCUGGCACUCCCCGAGCGAGCGGAGCUGGCGGCGUCUCUGGGCCUCACCCAGACUCAGGUCAAAAUCUGGUUCCAGAACCGCCGGUCCAAGUUCAAGAAGAUGUGGAAAAGCGGUGAGAUCCCUUCGGAACAGCACCCUGGGGCCAGCACCUCGCCACCUUGUGCUUCGCCGCCCGUGUCGGCGCCGGCCUCCUGGGACUUCAGCGCGCCGCAGCGGAUGGGGGGCGGUGGCGGCCCCGGCAGCGGCGGCAGCGGCGCCGGCAGCUCGGGCUCCAGCCCGAGCAGCGCGGCCUCGGCCUUCCUGGGCAACUACCCGUGGUACCACCAGGCCUCCGGCCCUGCCUCACACCUGCAGGCCGCCGCGCCCCUGCUGCACCCAACGCAGACCCCGCAGCCGCACCAUCACCACCACCACCACCAUCACCACCACCACCACGGCGGCGGGGGCGCCCCAGUGAGCGCGGGGACGAUUUUCUAACCCGAGGGACACUACGCAGGAGACUGACAGAGCAGAGAUCGGUGAACCUCAGUGCUCGCCCGGAGAGCCGGAGGGUCCCUCCAGCUGGCCCGAGGACGCCUCCCACCCUCUGUGAGGAGAGGCCCGGGAGGGCCCGCCACGGGCCCUGCUUCCUCCAGCUGCCUCUGAGCGGUGGGGAACUGGAAGGUUCUUCGAGGCCCCCGGCAGGGCCGCCCUCCUUGGCCGCCUUUCCGACCUGAGCCCCGCCUCAGACAUGCCUCUCCUCCCCUCCGCGACCCAAGAGGCAGUCGGGCGCCUUCCUUGCCGCGGGCCACGAGCUGAGUCCGGGGCGGGGGGGGGGGGGGGGGGGAGGGACGCUUCCCCCGCCCGCGAAGCUUCCAGGGUGCUCUGAGGCUCCUUUCUCCGUGCCCGCCCCCAGGCCCAGCUCCAGCGAUGGGCUGAUUGACCUCCCGGGCCUGCGCGCCCUCCCCGCUCGCCCCGGUGACCUGGGCGGCCCGCCGCUUUUUUUCUGCCCUGCUGUCCCAAGUCCUUGGAGCCCCCCUCUGCCCUGCCUUAGAUCCCACCUCCUCCCCCAGGAACGCUCCCUUAGCUCUUUCCUCAUCCAUCACCUUUGGAGUUUUUUUAUUUUUAUUUUUUUAAAAGUUUAGGUGCCUUUGCGGAUGACCUCAUUUUGAUGUUGGGGAAAAAAUGAUUUUUUAAUAUGUGGACACUGCAAAAAAAUGUGUUUAAAUUAUCUUUUUUAAAACCUAUUCAGGAUUGUUAGGCUGGACUUCGACAUAGAGUUUGUAAAUAAAGGUGUCUGUGCAGAUUUUCCCACUGAUUUAUUUGUAUAAAAACACUCGUCUUUUCAGACUUUUUUGUAACCCCCCCCACUUGUGAAAACUGCGGUUUAGCAGUGACCUCAGCAACCCCUCCAUUUUAUUUUUCCCUUUGAAAAUUUUCUCAGUUUAACUAAGCUACUGAUUGGGUUUUAUUUUAUCUUAUCCUAAAGUCUUUGUUCUUGAAAUGAAAGAUAUUUUGGGGUUAUUUAUUAU